AUGGAACUACCCCCGCUAUCCAACGACCAGCUUGCCAAGUUGACAGCUUCAAAUAUACCUCCGACACAGCUCUUCGAAAUUUUAUCAAAAUAUGAAACUGAAGUCAGUUUGAUAUCGGCAGGCACUGGCCAGCCAGAAACUGGCAGUACUGACCCCGAGCUACUAAGCCUCUUUUACUGCUCCUUCUUCUUCGCCCACCUCAUCACGGACCAGAUACAAGAAGCUCGUGCAUUGCUUCAAAGAAUACCCGAACCCCUACGACAACAGGAUGCCUCUUUAAAGAACUGCCACUCCUUGUUGCAAUCAAUCUGGCAAACCAAGUACAGCUCAGUAUAUCGGAUCCUGCAGACAUUGCCAUGGGCUGAGGCCGUACAGCCCUUGGUACUGCGAUAUGAAAGCUCUUUCCAAAACCAGACUUUGAUCAAAGUCAGUACUUCCUACCAAGCAAUUCGACCUGCCGUGGCAGCAACAUAUCUGGGCCUCGACGCACAAGCCGCAGAGAACGGGGAUACGAGCAUCAUACAAAAGUUUACUGAUUGUGGCUGGAAAUGGGACUCGGAAACUCAACUACUACAUCCAACCCCGAUAAGUGUACCACCCACCGAUCAGGUAUCCUUUAACAGCAUUCGUGAGACAAUGUCCAUGUUAUCAAACUGGACAAGCUGA